ACUCGCUCGUUCCCGGCUUCCGAGCACAGCAUGGCGGUCAAGGUGCACACAACCAAACGAGGUGAUCCUCAUGAGCUGAGAAACAUAUUCCUACAGUAUGCCAGCACCGAGGUGGACGGAGAGCAUUACAUGACUCCGGAAGACUUCGUUCAACGCUACCUUGGCCUGUACAAUGAUCCGAACAGCAACCCAAAGAUCGUGCAGCUCUUGGCAGGAGUAGCUGAUCAAACCAAGGAUGGGUUGAUCUCCUAUCAAGAGUUUUUGGCAUUUGAAUCUGUUCUAUGUGCUCCAGAUUCCAUGUUCAUAGUGGCUUUCCAACUGUUUGACAAGAGUGGAAAUGGAGAGGUGACAUUUGAAAAUGUCAAGGAGAUUUUCGGACAGACUAUUAUCCAUCACCACAUCCCCUUUAACUGGGACUGCGAGUUCAUCCGGCUGCACUUUGGGCACAACCGCAAGAAGCACCUGAACUAUGUGGAAUUCACUCAGUUCCUCCAGGAAUUGCAAUUGGAGCACGCAAGGCAAGCCUUUGCGCUGAAAGACAAGAGCAAAAGCGGCAUGAUCUCAGGCCUGGAUUUCAGUGAUGUCAUGGUCACCAUCCGGUCCCACAUGCUCACUCCUUUUGUGGAGGAGAACCUAGUCUCAGCUGCUGGAGGGAGUACCUCACACCAAGUUAGCUUCUCCUACUUCAACGCGUUUAACUCCCUGCUCAACAAUAUGGAGCUGGUUCGCAAGAUCUACAGCACUCUGGCCGGCACAAGGAAAGACAUUGAAGUUACCAAGGAGGAGUUUGCCCAGAGUGCCAUACGCUAUGGACAGGUUACCCCAUUAGAAAUUGACAUCCUAUACCAGCUUGCUGACCUAUACAAUGCUUCAGGGCGCUUGACUCUGGCAGACAUCGAGAGAAUAGCUCCGCUGGCUGAGGGGGCCUUACCUUACAACCUGGCAGAGCUUCAGAGGCAGCAAUCCCCCGGCUUGGGCAGACCUAUCUGGCUCCAGAUUGCCGAGUCUGCAUACAGGUUCACUCUGGGCUCAGUGGCAGGAGCUGUGGGGGCCACUGCGGUCUAUCCCAUAGACCUGGUGAAGACCCGGAUGCAAAACCAGCGCGGCACAGGCUCUGUGGUCGGGGAGCUGAUGUAUAAAAACAGCUUUGACUGUUUUAAGAAAGUGUUACGUUAUGAGGGUUUCUUUGGACUGUACCGAGGUCUGAUCCCACAGCUGAUAGGAGUUGCACCAGAAAAAGCCAUUAAGCUAACAGUUAAUGAUUUUGUCCGGGACAAAUUUACCAGAAGAGAUGGCUCCAUCCCACUGCCUGCAGAAAUUCUUGCUGGAGGUUGCGCUGGAGGCUCGCAGGUCAUCUUUACCAAUCCUCUGGAGAUAGUGAAGAUUCGCCUUCAGGUAGCCGGAGAGAUCACCACAGGACCCAGAGUCAGUGCUCUGAAUGUGCUUCAGGACUUGGGACUUUUUGGGCUGUACAAGGGUGCCAAAGCGUGUUUCCUCCGAGACAUUCCCUUCUCCGCGAUCUAUUUUCCCGUGUAUGCUCACUGCAAACUCCUCCUGGCGGAUGAGAACGGACACGUGGGAGGUAUCAAUCUCCUAACAGCCGGAGCCAUGGCAGGUGUGCCUGCUGCUUCUCUGGUGACCCCUGCUGAUGUUAUCAAGACAAGACUGCAAGUGGCCGCCAGGGCUGGCCAGACAACAUACAGCGGGGUCAUUGACUGUUUCCGAAAGAUUCUCCGGGAAGAAGGGCCGUCGGCAUUCUGGAAAGGGACUGCAGCUCGAGUGUUCCGGUCCUCGCCUCAGUUUGGUGUCACUCUGGUUACCUACGAGCUUCUGCAGCGGUGGUUUUACAUAGAUUUUGGAGGCCUGAAACCUUCUGGCUCAGAACCAACACCAAAGUCACGCAUCGCAGACCUCCCUCCUGCCAACCCGGACCACAUCGGCGGCUACAGACUUGCCACAGCCACUUUCGCUGGCAUCGAAAACAAGUUUGGCCUUUACCUCCCCAAGUUUAAGUCUCCUGGCGUAGCUGCGGCUCAGCCCAAGGUGGCGGCAGCAGCUCAAUGACAUAGCAACUACAGACCGAGGCCCGGGAAGAUGGGCGGUACCCUGUCCAGUCAGCUGCGUGUGGUACUGUCUGCGCUGGGGUCAACAACCUUCUACACGACCUCUACAUGUAUUGUUUAUAAAGUGAGCAUAAGCCCAGGGAGAACCACAGUGCAGUUUCGAGCUUUAGUCUUAUUUGUUGAAAUGUUUUCUGAGCCUUGGCAUGAAUUCUGUGUUCUAGACUCCGCUUCGCACAGCUUGUACCUACAGUGACUGUACAUAUGUUGUACAUCUUUGUACAGAGACACCUUGGCACCUCCUCCCAACGAAUCACGUUUAUAGACAUGUAACGCUGUUCCGAGUGGCUUGGACUGUACAGAAUGUUUUGAAAGUGUUUUACUAAGAAUCAUAUAAGAAUAAAUGUACUAAAGUUAAAUUCAUUCUCCUCUUAGUGGCUUACAGAAAUCAAGCCUCAGUGUUGAAUGUAUCCAGUUUCAGGUUUUUUGGGUUUUUUUGUUUUUUUGUUUUUUUUUUGUUCUGGAAUAGGAAGGUAUUUGCUGAUAAAAGGCAGAGCAAAACUUAAUGCUCAUGGCAUUCAGUAAGAAAUGCUUGGAAAAGUGUGUGCCCAUUGGGUGUCGGGAGGACCAGCAUAACUCAUGGGCUGCUGUGUUCCCAGUAAUGUACACACACACACACACACACACACACACACACACACAUACACACACAUACACACACAUACACAGAUAUACACACACCACACACACCACACACACACACACAGAUACACACACACAUACACACACAUACACACACAUACACAGAUACACACACACACCACACACACCACACACACACACACAGAUACACACUCACACACACAGAUACACACACACAUACACACACAUACACACACAUACACACACAGAUACACAUACACAGAUACACACACACAUACACACACAUACACAUACCACACACACACCACACACACACACACAGAUACACACUCACACACACAGAUACACACACACACACCACACACACACAUACACACACAGAUACACACACACAGAUACACACACACAUACACACACACAUACACAUACCACACACACACACACCACACACACAGAUACACACACAGAUACACACAUACACCACACACACACACAUACGCACACAUACACACACAUACACACACACACACACCACACACUUACACACACACACACACACACAGGAACAGGGUGAGCUCCAGCUGGUAACUCUCAUGGGCUGCUAUGUUCCCAGUAAUGCACGCGCGCACACACACACACAGACCACACACACACACAUACACACCACACACACAUGCACACACAUACACACACAUCACACACACACAUACACACACACACAUACACAUACACACCACACACACAUGCACACACAUACACACACACCACACACACCACACACACACACACACACACACACACCACACACACACAGGAACAGGGUGAGCUCCAGCACGGCUUGCUUAGUUUUACAUUUCCUAUGCAGGAAGGUAAAAGUCAGGAUGUUGAAAGAGUAAAGUCUGGAAGUUUCCCUUCGUAAAGUAUGACAUGAAUCAAAAAUAAAAGCACACCAAGACGUC